AUGAGUGUUGAGCCAAAGGAGAUGGAUGUCGCACCAGCCACAGACAAACAACAAGACCAGGACCCAAAAUCAAACAUGGUGUCCAAUGUGGCUCUCAAGUUGCCCCCCUUUUGGCCGAGCGACCCGGCACUAUGGUUUGCCCAAGUGGAGGCGCAAUUUCUCACCAGGAACAUUGUUCGUCAGGACACGAUGUUCGCUUACGUGAUCAGUUCCCUUCAGCAGGACUAUGCUCAGGAGGUUCGGGACUUUAUAAUCUCACCUCCUGCCACUGAGCGAUACAAUAAAUUAAAAGCAGAACUAAUCAAGAGGACUGGAGAGUCCGAGCAAAAAAGGCUCCACCAGCUCCUUAUCGCGGAAGAGUUGGGAGACAGGAAGCCUUCUCAACUUCUCCGCAAAAUGAGGCAACUUCUGGGGGAGAACACACUGGAGGAGAGUAUUAUGAGACAGCUCUUCUUACAGAGACUCCCAGACAAUGUACGUCUCAUACUCGCUUCCUCGUCUGAAACAACCCCCAUCGAACAACUCUCUGAGAUGGCAGACAAAAUAUUCGAGGUGGCAGCUCCUUCCCCAAAUAUUCAUGCCAUCAAGCCUUCGGUGGCUCAGCUAGCUCCUCGCGCUCCAGUCAACUCGGAGGUGGCGAUAUUACAAGCGACGGUGAACCAGCUUGCCGAACGUGUGGAGGCUCUUUGCCACCUUACUGAGGAUAGAGGUAGACAGAGGGAUCGCCAGCCAGCUAAACGCCCCCGGAGCAAGAGUCGUGCCCGAUCCUCAACAAGGGCCGGCUCUGAAUGUUGGUAUCAUUGGAAAUAUGGAGAAAAGGCCAAGCGCUGCACACCUCCGUGUUCACACUCUGAAUCCAACAUUAACAACAACCAGGGAAACUAA